CAGCAUUUCAAGCACACAUUGUACAGCGGCCAUCUUGGAUCGUCGUCUACCCGGUUCGUCAGUCUGAAGUUUUAUCGCGAAAUGGCAGCAAGAAGGAUUGGGAAGUAUGUUCCAGACUGGAUUAAACUGGCGACAAAAUGCCCCGAGGAAGGGAAACCUGUUUUCAAUAGAAUGAGAACCAAAUAUGAGAAUUUAAAAACACGAAUUGAUACAGUUGCACCUAAACCAGAGCCAAUUCACUGGGACUGGUAUGCCAAGAAUAUAACUAAACCAGGAAUGGUUGAAGCCUUCAGGAAAGCUGAGGAAUAUUACAUUGAAGGUAGGAAGGAAGCAGAUGAAUUGAUUGCAGAGUGUGAGGCUGAGCUUGCAAAAAUCAGGAACAUGAAACCCUUUGAGGAGAUGUCUAUUGAUGAGUUUUUAGAUCUGCAUCCAGAGAUCAAGAAAGAAGUAGAAGCAAUGGAGAAAAGUGGUGAAUGGCCUGACAGGACAAUGUGAUAGCUGGCUUGAAUUGGGUGUCCAUGAUUUCUGAAUCUUGCCAUUUAUAACUGUUAUGGUUGAGCUUUAGAUGGAAAUGUCAACUGAGUUUGUAUUUUUAUCAUUGUUAACAAGUAAAAUUUAUGUGGUAAUUCUGCAA